AUGGAUUCAAAACACGUACAGAGCGAUGCAUUCCCCGCAGCAUUCGCGGGGCCCAAUACUCAACUGGACCCGCCGAGCCUCGACGAAAGCGACUUCGUGACAGUCAGGGAAGACCAAGAUCUCCGAAGAGGUCUGCAUCAACGACACAUCGGUCUUAUUGCCAUCGCAGGAGCUAUCGGUACGGGACUCUUCCUAGGUCUAGGAGGUUCAAUCCAGACUGCUGGACCACUCGGGGCAUUACUCGGUUACUCAACCGUUGGCCUUAUUGUCUGCGCAGUGCAAUUUGCAUUGGGCGAGGUGACCGCCUUACUACCCGUUACUGGCAGUUUUGUGCGACACGCCGAGGUACUCGUCGAUCCAGCCCUAGGGUUUGCCAUUGGUUACAACUUGGUUUACGGCAACUGCCUUUCCAUCCCGACAGAAAUCACUGCGAUAUGCUAUUGGACCGACAUCAACUCCUCGCUUUGGAUAAUGAUAUUCAUCGUGUUGACUGUCAUUGUCGGUCUUUCAUUUAUCGGAAUUUAUGGUGAAGUUGAAUUCUGGUUUGCCCUACUCAAGAUCGUCUUCAUCAUUUUCCUCAUCCUUCUCGGUUUGGUCAUUGACUUGGGUGGAGUCCCUGGCACUCCUCGAAUUGGAUUCCGAUACUGGAAUAAUCCUGGACCAUUCGUCGAAUAUAUCGCGAGCGGGGGCUGGGGUCGCUUCCUGGCUUAUUGGGCGGUGAUGAGCAAUGCAGUCUUCAGCUUCGCUGGUGUCGAAAGCAUUGCCAUGGCUGCAGCUGAGACUCGAAACCCUAGAGUUGCCGUACCGAAUGCUUGCAAGAGGGUAUUCGUCAGAGUCGCAACAUUCUACGUUCUUGCCGUACUCAUUGUUGGCAUGCUCGUUCGCAGUGAUGACCGUCGACUGGAUGAUGAAUCGGGAACAGCAGCACAGAGCCCGUUCGUCAUUGCGGCGAGUGCAGCAGGGCUACGCGGUGUACCAUCACUUGUCAACGCUAUUGUUAUUACAUCAGCUUGGUCAUCCUCAAAUCAGGCCUUACUUGCCGGUACACGAGUUCUCUACGGCCUAGCAUUGAAAAAGCAAGCGCCUGCUAUCUUCCUCAGGACCACUCGUUGGGGUGCACCAUACGUCUGCGUCCUCUUCUUCUCAGCGUUUAUGUUCCUCUCAUUUAUGACUCUAUCAGAUGGUGCCUUGACAGUUUUUUGGUGGCUGGUCGACCUAACCGCGUGUGGUGUGCUGAUAUCUUGGAUCACGGUUCUGCUAAAUCACUGGAGGCUCAUGCGAGCGAUGAAGAAGCAAGGACUGUCUUUGACACUACUUCCGUGGCAUAGCAGAUUUACUGAAUAUUCGACGCCGGCAGCACUCGUCAUGUGCGUUAUCAUUCUCUUGACCGCUGGGUUUCCCGUUUUCACCAAAGGCAACUGGUCGGCCAGCGACUUCGUAUCAUCGUACUUAGAUAUUCCCCUUGUUCUCGCCGCGUACGUAGCGUGGAAGGUAUAUAAACGUACCAGAAUUGUCAAAUUGUCCGAGAUACCACUGGAAGAGGCACUGGAGCGUGCAGCCGCUGACGUGGAGGUUGAGAAAAAGCAUCCUCUAUGGAGAAAGCUGAUCGGUUUUCUCUGGGACUAG